UUUUUUUUUUUUCAGUCCCCAAAACCCCCCACUCCUUUUUUGCUCGCCCUCUGGGCCCACCCCCAUCCCAUAUUCUUCUUCUUCUUCUCCCUCCCUCCCUGUCUCUCCAUCUAAUGGGGAACUGUUGUUCCCAUGGUGACGCCAAUGAUCCCCCUGACAACACUGCUGGCAAAGCCGAGGGAUUAGGCGAUCAGAUGGAUGAAAACAAUGCCGGUCCCACCCAAUCUCCACAAAAUUCAACCACCCCGCCUAAAAACACGCCUCCCUCGUCCUCCCCAAGUCACAAGCCCUCAAAGCCUGCCACAGUGGGGCCUGUUUUAGGCCGGCCUAUGGAGGACAUUCGCCAGACGUAUACGAUUGGAAAAGAGCUUGGGAGGGGACAAUUUGGUGUGACUCAUUUGUGCACAAACAAGGCAACUGGGGAACAAUUUGCUUGCAAGACAAUAGCAAAGAGGAAAUUGGUUAACAAGGAGGACAUUGAGGAUGUUAGGAGAGAAGUCCAAAUUAUGCAUCAUUUGGCGGGACAACCAAAUAUCGUGGAAUUAAAGGGAGCGUAUGAGGAUAAGCAUUCGGUACAUUUGGUGAUGGAGUUGUGUGCCGGGGGUGAGCUGUUUGAUCGGAUCAUAGCCAAAGGGCAUUAUACUGAACGGGCUGCUGCGUCACUAUUGAGGACCAUUGUGCAGAUUGUCCACACAUGUCAUACGAUGGGGGUUAUUCAUAGGGAUCUCAAGCCCGAGAACUUCCUUUUGUUGAACAAGGAUGAGAAUUCGCCUCUUAAAGCUACUGAUUUCGGUCUAUCCGUCUUCUACAAGCAAGGAGAACUAUUCAAAGAUAUUGUGGGUAGUGCAUAUUAUAUCGCACCUGAAGUCUUGAAGAGAAGAUAUGGACCAGAAGUCGAUAUAUGGAGCAUUGGGGUUAUGUUAUAUAUUCUUCUAUGUGGUGUUCCCCCCUUCUGGGCUGAGUCGGAGCAUGGCAUUUUCAAUGCAAUCUUGCGUGGCCAUGUUGAUUUUACAAGUGAUCCAUGGCCUUCAAUUUCAUCCGGAGCAAAGGAUCUUGUGAGGAAAAUGUUGAACUCCGACCCCAAGCAGAGGCUGACAGCAUUCCAAGUUCUAAAUCAUCCAUGGAUUAAGGAAGAUGGAGAGGCACCUGAUACACCACUUGACAAUGCUGUUUUGGAUAGACUCAAACAGUUCAGAGCAAUGAAUAAGUUCAAGAAAGUUGCUCUUCGGGUUAUUGCUGGCUGCCUAUCAGAGGAAGAAAUCAUGGGAUUGAAGCAAAUGUUUAAAGGCAUGGAUACUGAUAACAGUGGGACAAUAACACUAGAGGAGCUGAAACAAGGACUCGCGAAGCAAGGGACAAAGUUAUCCGAAUAUGAAGUCAAACAGUUGAUGGAAGCAGCUGAUGCAGAUGGAAAUGGGACGAUAGACUAUGACGAGUUCAUUGCAGCAACAAUGCAAUUGAACAGAAUGGACAGAGAAGAACAUCUUUACACUGCAUUCCAAUACUUUGACAAAGAUAAUAGCGGGUACAUUACCAUAGAAGAACUACAACAAGCUCUUCGUGAGUUUGGAAUCAACGAUGGGAGGGACAUAAAUGAAAUCAUUUCUGAAGUUGAUGCUGAUCAUGAUGGUCGGAUUGACUACGAUGAAUUUGUGGCCAUGAUGAGAAAGGGUAACCCGGAAGCAGCACAAAACCCCAAGAAAAGGCGCGAUGUAUUCGUUUGAUUAUGCUUUUCUGUGACAGCAGAGAAGAGUAAAUAUAACUAUUCUAUGUCACCAAAGAGCUUUUAAUGGUUGGACGGUGAGAAAUGGUGAGAAAUUUGAUGAAUUUGAUUAUAAAAAGAAAAAUUCAUGGAUUCCUUGUUGUAUUGUGUAUAUUACAUAUUGCAACGGAAAAAGAUUGGAAAGGAUAUAUAUAGGCAAAAGGAUAAGAGGCUUAACAAGGAAUUUGUAUCCAUGUGUUUGAAGAUAAUGAGGUUUUAUGGUGUUCGGUUUGUUAUUAUCAUUCUCAUUUUUUUAACACUUUAAUCAGGUGUGGCUUGGAAAAUGUUUAGGAAUCAAUGGGGGUUUUUAAAUGUAUCUAUUCUUGUUCAAUAUUUAUUAGUAUAGACAUUACUAUGUAUUAUUAUUGUAGACUUUAAUGGCAUCUUGUUAUA